AUGCAGAAAUCUGAGUACCGCCUCUUUAAGAAGGAGCUAAGACCCUCCUCCGCCCUGGAGUCGCCGUUUCCCAGCGCCCCUCGCGGCGGAGCUGGGCCUUUUCGAUUGGAGUGUUGUCACCCGGGUCGAGGGUUAGGAGCGUUGGGGUGGAGACCAAGAAAACUGGCCGAGAAGGCGCGAGGGGAGGAGCCGACCUCGGCGCGCAGCCAGGGGUCUGUGGCUCGACGACGCCAACGGGCUGCCCGGCGCCGGGGCCGAGUGUCCCCUCCGCCCACAGAGUAUCCCCUUCGCCCAGGUGAACGCGCGGCCCCCGGCGCUCCCCGCCCUCUCCCCACGCAGACCCUCGAGGCCCGAGCGCGGGGCACCUGCUCGCGUCCCUGCGGCCCAGGUCGCGGUGCCCGGGCAGGGGAGGAGCUGGAGGGCGGGGCCCCGUGUCUGAGCGCCGACGUGACCGGGUGCGGGACGCAUGGGUGGGAAAUCCACCCUCACCAGUGGGAUGAAGAGAUGCUGAAUAAAACACAAAUAAUGUGUGGAGAGUUCAGGGACAUGUCUGGCCACAUGGAGUGGGCCAAUGAGGUGUUGGUGGCCGUGGGCAUGUGGCUGUGGGUUCCAGAGAUAAGUGGACUGUCUGUGGUUCAUUUGUCACCAUCGCAGCAGGGCACUGUGAUCUUCAAGGACUUGACUGUGUACUUUUCCUGGCAGGAAUGGGGUCUCCUUGACGAGGCUCAGAUGUGCCUGUACCACAAUGUGAUGCUGGAGAACUUGGCACUUAUGACCUCCCUGGGUUGUCGGUGUGGAGUGGAGGAUAAGGCCAUAUGUUUUGAGCAGUGCAUUUCUGCGAGAGUAUUGUCACAGGACGGGACUUCCAAACAGCACAUUGGAGAGAAGCACUUCAGAAGCAAUAUGGGCGGAGCCUUGCUUUUAGAGAACUGCAAAUUCGAUGUCAGGAAGCCCUUUACCUGCAAAGAAAUUAGGAAGGACUUCUUGGAGCUCAACUUUCUCUGGCAACAGGUCACUCACACUGGGGAGAAGUCAAACAGUGUAACUGAGUGUGUGGUGGCCUUCCACAAUGUAAACUGUCAUUGUAACCAGGGAGACUGCAUGAAAACUUUUAGCCCCAAACACACGUUUAUUCAGCACCAACAAGUCCUCACGAGGGAAAGAUGUUAUAGCUGCAGUGAAUGUGGGAAAUCCUUUAGCAAAAGCUGUAGCCUCCAUGACCGUUUGAAAGUUCACACUAGAGAAAAGCUUUAUAAGUGUGGGGAGUGUGGGAAAUCCUUUAGGCAAAGCUCUGGCCUCAUUCAACACCAGAGAGUUCACACUAGGCUAAGAACUCAUGAAUGUGAUGAAUGCAGAAAAUUAUUUAGCAAGAACUCCAGUCUCAUUAAAUACCAGAGAAUUCACACUGGAGAAAGGCCUUAUGAGGGUGCGGAAUGUGGGAAAUGCUUUAGCCAGAGUUCUCACCUUAUUAAACACCAGAGAGUUCAUGCUGGAGAAAGAUCUUAUGAGUGCAGUGAGUGUGGGAAAUUCUUCAUCUCUAGUUACCGAUUCUUUCAACAUCAGAGAAUUCACACUUGUUUAAGACCUCACAAAUGUGAUGAAUGUGGAAAAUUAUUUACCAACUUGUCCAACCUCAUUAAGCACCAGAGAGUUCACACUGGAGACAGGCCAUUUGAGUGUAGUGAAUGUGGGAAAUUCUUUAGCUGCAAAUCCUACCUCAUUACACACUGGAGAAUUCACACUGGAGUGAGGCCUUAUGAGUGCAGUGAAUGUGGGAAAUCCUUUAGCCACAGCUCUAGCCUCAUUAGACACCAGAGAAGUCACACUGGAGAAAGGUCUUGUGAAUGUAAUGAGUGUCAGAAAUCCUUUAGCAACAGCUCUAGCCUCAUUAAGCACCAAAGAGUUCAUACUGGGGAAAGGCCUUAUGAAUGCAGUACAUGUGGGAAAUCCUUUAGCCAGAGUUCUAACCUCAUUAAUCAUCAGAGAGUUCACACUAGAGAAAGACCCUAUGGAUGUAGUGAACAUGGAAAAUCAUUUACCUUCAACUGUCAUCUCCUAAAACACCAGAAUACCCACAAGGAAUAA